GUGUAUUCGCUGCUAUUUUUGUGAUAUUCGAGUUUUGAUUUUUGUUAACCCGGCACAAGCUAAGAAUCCGUUCAGGAGCAUACGGCGGAAAACAAACCUCAUUCCUUCCUUCCUAUUCGCUGCUAAAUUAACAGAAGACUGCUAGAAUAUUAUUAUAUUAAUUACUAAAAAAUAGGCAUUUACGCACUGCUUACACUUUCUUAUAUUAAUAUCAUUAUAAUUAAUGUUUAGAGUAUUCGUUUUUUCGAUUUUAUAAUGAAAUCAAGUGAUGAUCCAGUGCCUGUUCGUAAAGCAUUUUCUGCCGAAAAUGCAAAAGAAGACUCUUCAGAGCUGCCAUAUGAUUCGGGUUUUAAGACGCCUAAAUCAUGUGCUUCCGCAUCAUAUGUGACUGCCAGAGGAAAAUAUGUGCAAGAUAACCACUUGCAAAAUUUAAUUCCUGAAGAUUUUUCAUCACACUAUUUCAAACUUGAUGCAAAAGAUGACCAAAAACUUUUUUUGAGUGCUUCACAGAUUUUAGAAAAGCUUAGUAAAAUUAUAAUUAAAUAUUCUGAUAUAUUUCAGCACAAUGAAACCGCAGAAAUUCCAUCAGCAUCAUCUGGGAAAAUAUCUUUUAGAGAAAUUGUGGUUUAUCAGGAGGUUCUCAAGAGACUUCUGGAAGAACGCUGCAUUCUUGUUUUAAAAGACGACUGUGAUAUUUGCAUCAAACGAACAAUACAAUUGAUCAACGAUUUUAAACAUCUUUAUGUAAAUGAAAAAUUGAAGAUGAUGACAAUGCCUAUUCAAGCUUGUAAUCGAUUUAUUAAUAGUGAUGAUAUUAAAGUGUCAACUUUAGAACUGCUUAUAAAGAAAUUACAAAUCAUAUGUGAUUUACAUUUAUCUAUCAGUAGUAGUUAUCAAAAAAUUAUUAAUUGUUUUUAUGUCAGCUUAGAUUUGGAACUUUAUCAAAUAGUGUUAAAAACAAAUAGAUUAUUAUAUAAGUAUAAAUCUAGUUUGUUUCAUUGGGGUUACAAAUGUAUGACAAUAUUAAUGCAAAAGCUCUGCUUAGCUGAUCCCAUUUCUGUUUCACCAGAUUUUUUGCAAAGUAUUUUAGCUAGUUGUGAAAUUUUCAAUACUCUUAUUAAAAAUAACAAAGAGCUAAAGCAUUGCUUUUCAAAAAGGUAUGAUCUUUUUUAUAAGCAUGCUAAACAUACUGAAUGUAAAGAAGUGCCUUUCAGUUUAGUUUUGAAUUAUCUAGCAUAUUUUGAAGCCAAAAUAGCAUCAGAGAGAAUUGUCCACUUUCUAACGUCAACCUGCAAGAAGAAUCGACAAAUUAGUAUAAAGAAAAAGAAUUUGUCCAAUAAUGGCAAAUCAUUAAAGAGUAACCAUAGUACAUCAGAUUAUCAUAGUGCCUCUAUUAGUGACAUAGAAUCAGAGAAAUCUACUGUUAAAAUAACAGAGUUUACCAAUGCCAAUAUAAAUUUUUCAAAUCUGUUGGUUUCCAUUACACAAAGAAAUCAGUCUCUAAUUUUGAAGUAUAUUUAUGCCAUUGCAAAUUUAUCUAAUUCAUCUAGUAGAAUAAAACGGAGACCUUCCUGUGAGAGUAACUCUAGCAUUACUUCUGUUAGACAAAUGUGGAAUGUUCCAGAACAAAAUUUCCAGAGCAACAAUUACAUUCUCCUUGAAGAAUCAUUUUGGUUAAAGUUUUGGAGUAAUAUUCACUUGUUUGUCUUGAAAAUUCUGUAUGAAGUACCUUAUCAUCAAUAUGGAGAUUCCAUAGGAGGGACUAUUUUUCUGUGGCCAGAUGCUUAUGUUGAUUCAUUUAUUGAAUGCUUGAAAUCAAGUAUAAUAAAUAAUGAUAUUACAGAUGAUGGAAAAUAUACUUUAAAACAAAUUUAUGAAUAUAUUUUUAUGAAUAAAAUACAUGCAUUGUGGGACAAAGAAUUUUUAUCUACAAUUAUUUCUUACUUUUCCCAUCAUUCCACACUUGUUCCAUCGUCUUUAAAUCAAAUCAAAACCCUGCCAGGUAGCUUAUUUCAAGCAUGCAUUGAUGUGUUAUUAAAAAUUUUUGAUGUAGACUUCCAAAAUAUGGAUUUGCUUCUCUUUUUGCAAUGUUUGCAUCAAAUACAUUCGACUUUGGAUUUUUUUAUUUUAUGGACGAAUAACCGAAUUCGUGCUGCGUUUGCCUCUAGGAAUUUAUCUACAUAUUUGAUUGUUUGUUGGUCAGAUUGUAAAGAUGCUGUAAAAUUACUUCAAACUAAAACAGCAGUUUUAGUUAAAAAUACUGAUUCUUUUACAAGAAUUCCUGCUUUAAGACUUCAAAAAGAGAAAAUUAUUUGGAACCAAAUUGAUAUUCUUACAGGGUGCAUUUCUGAAGUCCCAAAUCUUGUUUGCAACUUCUGUUUUUCUGCCAUUAGAAAUGAUUUCCUGCUUCCUGUAAAUGAGCAUUCUAGAAACAAAUGCUUUUGUUUCGGACAAAAUAUUCUCAAACUGGAGGCUUUGGAAGAGCUUAUGUAUUCUUUGACUGAAGUUGUUAACAUCUCAGAUCAUUUGCCCGUACUGACAGCAAUCUCAACAUCUGUUGCCCAAGCUUUCAUUUUUAUUUUGCAUCAUAAGAAAAAAACGAUGAGUGUCGAGUUGAUACGUUUUAUUGAAUAUGAACUUGCCAAAUUCCGUGAAUGGUUAGAUAAGCGAGAUUCUGCACAGGACGAGAAACUUAAGUUAAAAAAUUUGGUUUGCCUGAGGAAAGUGGAGGCCAUUUUAAAGUACAUUCAAAUUCCAACUUCCCGAUCAAGCAUCUUUUCAAUGCGACUGAAUCGUGUUAUGCCAGUAACUGAUACAGAAAUCCGUUGUAACUCUGAGGACAUCCAAUGGCUCCAUCUGUUCUGUACCAUGUGUUUGAGAAAAUUUAUUCAUUUAACUGCAUAUAUCGACAUCUUGAAAGAGGGGGAGGAAUGAGCCAAGUCUGCUUGUGCAGGAGUCAUGGAAGCCAACAAUCAUUCGCAUCGUGGCAGUGUAAAUGUUUAUUCUCUGAAUAUUUCACAUUCCACCGUACAAACCCACAUGCAUUGGAUUUUAAAGUUUAAACCUUAGAGUUAAUUAGAUUCCAGAUUGCGAUCUCUUGUUGAUGAUUCCCCUAGACAUUUGGUGAUCUAAAUAAUUCAUUGUAAAAAAAAAAUGUGCUUGUCUUUAUUAGAUGGUAAUUAGUUACUUUUAUGACCUACAAGCUGCAGAUAUUUUCAGCAGAACGUCAUACAAAGGAUCAGGAAAUAUGCAUACUGAAACUUCUCACCAGUUCAGAUAAAAAGGAUGAAUAAAGAGAAGUCUGCUGUUGAGCAUUUAAAAGAAAAAAAUCUUUUUCCAUCAUGCUAUGAUUUUAGCUUGUGCAAAAAUGUAAGAUUAUCAAGAAAACUUGAUACUGAAAAAAUAAAAUUGGGAUUUUAAAGAAUGGAAAAGAACCCCCAACCCUUGAAAGAAAGUAAGCAAUAAAAAAUAAAAGUAGUGGAAAAUAGCAGAUCCAAGUGUUUACCCAAAAAAUAUAGAAACUAGAGGUUAAAAAUCAUGCAUUGAUAAAUAUUUUUUAUGAUUAUUUUCUUAGGGAGAUGUAUAUUUGUUUAGUUUUUGGUGUCACUUUCAUCAUAUUUUUUAUUUUAACAAAAUUCUCGAAGAAAGUAAUUAA